UGCCAAGAGGAGGAAGAUGGCUGACAAAAUUCUCCCUCAGAGGAUCCGGGAGCUGGUUCCUGAGUCCCAGGCCUACAUGGAUCUGUUGGCCUUUGAACGCAAACUAGACCAGACCAUUAUGCGGAAGCGUGUGGAUAUUCAGGAAGCGCUGAAGAGGCCGAUGAAGCAAAAGCGGAAACUGAGACUUUAUAUCUCCAACACAUUUAAUCCUGCAAAAUCUGACGCUGAUGACUCUGAUGGCAGCAUCGCAUCGUGGGAGCUUCGAGUGGAGGGGAAGCUCCUGGAUGAUCUAAGCAAGCAGAAACGGAAGUUCUCAUCAUUUUUUAAGAGUCUAGUCAUUGAACUGGACAAAGAUCUUUAUGGACCUGACAACCACCUUGUGGAGUGGCACAGAACUCCCACAACUCAGGAGACUGAUGGCUUCCAGGUGAAAAGACCUGGUGAUGUCAGUGUGCGGUGCACAUUACUCCUCAUGUUGGAUUACCAGCCUCCACAGUUUAAACUGGACCCACGAUUAGCACGUUUGCUGGGGAUACACACACAGACCCGAUCUGCCAUCAUCCAGGCUCUCUGGCAGUACAUCAAAACAAAUAAGCUGCAAGACUCCCAUGACAAGGAAUACAUUAAUUGUGACAAGUACUUCCAGCAGAUCUUUGACUGUCCCCGGCUAAAGUUUUCUGAAAUUCCUCAGAGACUCACUAACCUACUGCUGCCUCCAGACCCUAUAGUGAUAAACCAUAUCAUCAGUGUUGACCCCAAUGAUCAGAAGAAGACGGCUUGUUAUGACAUAGAUGUAGAAGUUGAAGACCCAUUAAAGGGACAGAUGAGUAGUUUUCUUCUCUCAACAGCUAAUCAACAGGAGAUUACAGCAUUGGACAACAAGAUUCAUGAGACAAUCGAAUCCAUAAAUCAGUUAAAAAUACAACGUGAUUUCAUGCUGAGUUUCUCCAAAGAUCCUAAAGGGUACAUCCAAGACCUUCUUCGAUCCCAAAGUAGGGAUCUUAAGGUGAUGACUGAUGUAGUUGGAAACCCAGAGGAAGAACGCAGAGCUGAAUUUUAUCAUGAGCCAUGGUCUCAAGAGGCUGUGAGCAGAUAUUUCUACUGCAAGAUUCAGCAGCGCCGGCAGGAACUGGAACAGUCUCUGGGAGUGCGCAACACAUAAGUAUUGCUCAAAAGAUCCCAUUGGCAUCAUGACCACAGAACGAGUGGACUUCUCAGUGUUACUUAGCUCACUGUUACACAUGGACCUGCUUCCUGACUGGAUGGGAAUGUACCAUCGACAAACCAGUCAGAACACCAGCUUUAGAGUGACCUUUGAAAAAACUGCCCACGGGAGGUGUCUCAAACCAUUCCAGGCCAUAGACAGCAGAAGAUUCCUGUGCUCCAUACAGGUGUCAAUGUUAAAGAAGAUUAAAGAUUCAUUCAUCAACCGGCAUCAUUGAGUUCCAGUGGAAAGUUCAGACACUACACAGCAAAUCCUUAUGGGCUAUGCAUAGAAUCAUGGGUGGUAUUGAUGGGGGAGGUUGAGUUGAGUGUUGUAGGAGACUACAGAUUAAGAGAAAUAAAGGUAAUUCUCAUUCUGUUACCUAAGAUUCUCAAAUAGUAACUUCUCUGGAAUAAGACAAGAUAGUCCUGAUAGCUGUGGAAUGCUUUGCGUUCCUGAACAGAGUUUUCACUUCAGCUGGACCAGUAUAAGAAGCCAUCACACCGUGUGAAAUAACAAACUAGGAUGAUUUUCAAUCCUAGAAUGAAGAGCCUCUCUGGAAGGAAAAAAUAUAGUCAGGACAUUUCUUCUGCAAACUUUAAUACUUCCUCUUUCCCUUGCCCCUGCAGUGAAAGGUAGACUGAAUUAUGUAUCACUAGACAGUCUCAUGGGUAUGAUCAACAUGCAGUACGAAGAGGAAGAAAACUAUCUCCAGCAUGAGAGCCUCUUAGGCAUUCUUAGUAUCAGUGGGGUUAGAAAAGCUGAAGUUGAAGCAAGAAAAAAGGCAUUCUUAGAAAAUGCAAAUAACCUAAUGGUGCUUUGCUGAUAUCUGCCUUGAACACAGUGGAUAUUAACAAUAAGUCUAUAGGUAAAAUACGAGAUUUCUUAAACAUUUCUCUCCUUGUGUGCCAUUAGGGAUCAGGACUGAAAAAAAACUUCCCUAACUGUUAAGUUGAUUUAGAAUCCAAGAGGCUUAAACUUCAUGUAACAUGGCAGUUUUCUCUUUACUUCAAGAUGUCAACAGAGUUCCUGGAUUAGUCUCACAUUUUGAUCAUAGGUAAACUGCCUCUUCCUAUUCAGUUCCCCCAUACAUGAUAUGUGCUAGUUGUAUAAGAUGCUGGUGAGUUUUGAAGCCUUAAAUAGCAUAGAGGAACUAUCCCUUAGAAAUCACCUUGUUUUCAAAUAUAUGACAAAUUCAGACUAUCAGAAUUACAACAUAUUUAGCUGGAACCAGGGACAUCUUCAUUAAAUCCUUCCCCCCAUUCCACCUUUUGUAGUGCAUAGAUUGGUUUGUAAUUAAUGAUCCAGCAUGUUUUCUAGUCUAAAAAGCAGCUGCCAAAGUAUAACUGUGUCCUGAUAAUGUAGCACUCAAAAUCCUUUUCUAGGCUUCUCCUCUUCAUCUCCUUUCUUUCACUUUCCUGGAAAGAGAGUCAAGUUCACAUGUGUUAAGGAAGGGAGGCAGCUCUUCUAAGUAAUUAAUUUUGCUAUGGUAUUGUCCUUUUCUCUUCUGCUGUCUUUGCUGAUUUCUUUCAUAUUUGAAAGAAAAGUUUCUUCUGUCUAGUCACAGAAGAGAGAGUCUUCCCUCCCACCCCUUUAUUUAAUACCUCUGCUUUCACAUUACCAGUGCCAUAGCUUUUACUCUGUCCACUGCGUUCAGAGGUGUCUUGAAAAAUUUACAUAUGAUUGGUCAUAUGAUGGCAGUACAACCAUGCAAAACCACUGGUGUAAGGAAAAGCACAGCUGUACCUCUUUGCCCAAGGCCUUUUCCUGGGAAUGGCUUGGCUUGGAUUUUUUUGUGUGUGUGUUAUAACCUCUUUUUUACACUAAAACCUGAAAUCCUGCAGUCUUAAAUUGGUAGAGACUGAGAGGUUGCCAAACAGUUAACAACUUAAAAUCUUAUGUGCUGUAGGACUCUGCUAAUUGGACUACCAGCAAACACUGAGGGAAAACAGUGGGGAUCAUCUGCUACUGUGCUUCCGUAUUUGUUACGCUGCUGUGUCAGUUGUGUGCAUGCUGUCCAGUGUAUAAAACUUUUUCUGUAUGUGGUAAACAGAGCAGCUACAUUCAGGGGAUGUAUUCAGAUCUCCAGGAGUAAUAAAUGCCGAGAAAAAUAAACGAGGAUAUGAGAAAGGAAUGGGGUGGGAUAGAUGCCUGCAGGAUGUCUGCCAGUGAAUUUUAUUUUUGAGAACUUUGCCAUAUGAAUGGCAAAUAUUUGUACAGAAAAAAUCCAGUCAUAUGCCACAGCUGGCAAAAUAAUGGAGCCCAAUCUGCUUUUAGAAUCUCUCUUUAAAAAUAAUUGUAUAGGUCUGUUUCCAAGCCUCUUUCAGAACAAAGUAAUGAAACAAUGUGUUGCUGACCAGUGCAUUCCAAGCAGCACCGCUGGAAUGUGAAGCAAUGUUAAGCACCAAUGCUAUGCUGAAGUGUAUACACACGUAUGUGUUUGUGCACACGCAUGCUCGUGCAUGAUUUGGCCACUGUACAUAGCAAUCCAAAAUUCGAAAAUACGAAUCCAAAAUUCAUAUAUCUCACUGUACAUAUUCUUCCUGCCCAUGAAAAGACUUGUCACCAAAGAAGAGUCUUAGGAAUAGCUGUCAGGUGUCUUCAUUUUGAUUAAAAUGGUGUUUGAGAUUUUGAUUCUUUUAUUCCAUGCUCAGAAGCAGUUUGAGCCUUUUACUGAAGAGACAGAGAGAGAAAUGUUAUCUUCCAUUCCAGGAGUGUAGCCAGGAGCUUGCUUUUAGCAAAAACAGACAUUAUAUUUGAGGAGAAACAAUUGGACAAUUCUGGGAGGAACUGGACCAAAUGCAGCUUGGGCAUGUGGAAAUGAAAGUCGGUAGUACUGAAUAGGCAUGUAAUUCCAGCAGAUUUUGAAUGAUAAAUUUAUUUUAAUUUCAGGAUGGGGGGCUUUUUUGGGUGUUAAAGAUGACAAGACUGUUACUUGUGGUCUUUGGUUUCUGCCACGGUACGAUACAAAUCUGUGCAUACUGCAAUAAAAAAAUAUAUAUAUGUGCAUAGAUGUAGUUAAAUUUAUAGAUGACAAUAUAGAUGAUUGUUAGAAAAUAUAGCAUAAAACUAGGACAAGGUUAAAACAAUUCCUGGAGUACCAGUAGAAGGGAAAUAUAUCUUGGAGCUGAAGCGUUGGCAUGGCAGUUAAAGGAAAAACAAGUGUUUGUGGAAGCAAAGUGCCAGAAUAGAGAGGAGAAUACAGCAGUGGUAAAAGGAAAGAGAAAGGUGGGAGCCACUGAAGUGCCAUUAAGUCAAAGCACAGGAUAACAUGCAGAUUAAUGUUGGAACUAGCACAGUCUAUGUGAUUUUGUAUAUUUUGUGUGCAUGUGUAUAUGUAUACAUAUAGAGGGCAGGAGCAAGAGUCAGUCUCAACUGGUAUAGAGCUUGGGAAAUGGGCAUGCAGGGUACAGCCAAAUGUUCUGCAUUUAAGUUCUGAGACACAUUGCCAAAACUCCUACUGUUAUCAGUAGGGAUUCAGCUAUUUCACUUAUCAGCAUUGGCAGUUCUAGUGCACGCAUGGUUUCAGCUGACAGCUUUUCUACACCACACUGUUUAGAAUUUAUUCUGAUGAAGCUGAGUGAAAUUAUUGGUGUAUAUCCUAGGGCUUCGAAUUUUGCUUAAAAUGUAGUCAGGUGGUGGUUUCUUUUCUUUUUUCUUUUUCUUUUUCUUUUCUUUUUCUUUUUCUUUUUCUUUUUCUUUUCUUUUUCUUUUUCUUUUUCUUUUUCUUUUUCUUUUUCUUUUUCUUUUUCUUUCCUUUUUAACCUCUUUGUGUUGAGAGCCCUUUUAAUGGCAGUGCAAAGAGAUGAGUGGGGAAAAAAAAGGCUCCUUUCUUCCUGAAUAAGGAGGUCUCCUUUCUGUAACUGCUCUGUUGUUUAAUAGGCUGUAUCUGUUCUGCCAGAUCCUGUAUGAUAAACACCUUUUCUGAUCUCACUGAAGAAAAGUACUCCAUUAAAAAGAAAACUGUGGGUUUGGGAGUGAGCAAAUACAUGCAUAAGGAGAGGUGGGGGAGAGACUCCCUCUGCUCUGUAGUCACCUUAUCUUCACUGUUGGAUGCUGAGUGAGUCGUAGAAAAGCUUUUAACAAUAAAUACUUUGUUUCUUUGUA